ACUACGCAUUGGGCAUGUAACCAACUGAUGUUACCAAAUAUCUCAAAGCGCGCGUAACUCCUUCCCGUUCCUUUUAGCGCCUUUUGACAUUUCUCUCUCCUGCUACGAAUGUGAACAGUCUCCAAAGAGGAAACUCUUACAGACAUUGCGCUUCUCGACCUACUCUGAAAUUUCUAGGGUUUUCUAUUGCUCUGAACUCUGCAGAUACUCCAUAUUGUAGAUUAAGAUGAAAUGAAGCGCGUAAUCGAAGAAAUUUCCGACGAGGAGUGGGAGAAUUACUCGUUUAAGCCGUCGAGGAUCCUCAAAAAGGGGAAUUCGCCUCCUCAGAUUGAAUCGUUUGCUUACCGGACGAAGAUAACCUGUGAGGUUGAUGAUGAUAGUAGUAAUGGAGUUGUUGAGAGUAAGGAGAAUUUGGAGGAUGAGGAUACAGAGAUUAGGGAUGUACGACCACUGGCGAACCGGUCGCGGAGAUUCGUGGUUGACGAGGACAGUGAUGAUGAGUUGCGGGAAGUGGUUGAUAUCCGGUCCACGGAAGAAGAGGAGCAGCCUAUUUCAGUCGAUGAGGAAGAUGUAGUGGAGGAGUUGAGCGAGGAGGAUGUGGAGGAGGGGGAUGUUGUUGGUAAGGCUCUGCAGAAAUGCGCAAAGAUAUCGGCAGAGCUAAGGAAAGAGCUCUACGGUUCUUCCGUGUCGUCCUGUGAUAGAUAUGCGGAAGUGGAAGCCGCUUCUGUGAGGAUUGUGACGCAGGAUGAUAUUGAUGCGGCUUGUGCUUCGGAUGAAUCAGAUGAGUCGGAUUUUCAGCCGGUUCUUAAACCGUAUCAGCUUGUUGGUGUCAACUUUCUACUCCUGUUACAUAAGAAGAAUAUUGGGGGAGCCAUCUUGGCAGAUGAGAUGGGUCUUGGUAAGACUAUACAGGCUAUCACAUAUUUAAUGCUGCUCAAGUACUUGGACAAUGACCCGGGUCCUCAUUUGAUUGUCUGCCCUGCUUCUGUUUUGGAGAAUUGGGAAAGAGAACUAAAAAGGUGGUGCCCAUCUUUUUCUGUACUCCAGUAUCAUGGUGCUGGACGAGCAGCCUACUCAAGGGAGUUGAGCUCUUUGUCCAAGGCUGGCCUGCCACCUCCAUUUAAUGUACUGCUAGUGUGUUACUCACUUUUUGAACGACACAGUGUGCAGCAGAAAGAUGACCGCAAGAUUCUGAAGCGUUGGAGAUGGAGCUGCAUUCUAAUGGAUGAGGCUCAUGCUCUGAAGGACAAAAACAGCUACAGGUGGAAAAACCUGAUGUCAGUUGCACAAAAUGCAAACCAGCGCCUGAUGCUUACAGGAACACCGCUUCAGAAUGAUUUACAUGAGCUGUGGUCAUUGUUAGAAUUUAUGAUGCCUGAUAUUUUUGCAACUGGUGAUGUGGACCUGAAAAAGUUAUUAAAUGCAGAAGAUACAGAUCUGAUUGCCCGUGUAAAGUCCAUUUUGGGACCAUUUAUUUUGAGGCGCUUAAAAUCUGAUGUGAUGCAACAACUUGUUCCGAAGAUACAACGUGUUGAGUAUGUAUCAAUGGAAAAGCAACAGGAUGAUGCAUACAAAGAAGCCAUUGAAGAGUAUCGUGCAGCCUCUCGAGCUCGUAUUGGAAAGCUUUCAGAAGUUGCUUCAAAUAGCAUUGUUGGAGUUCUUCCACGUCGCCAGAUUUCUAACUAUUUUGUUCAGCUCCGCAAGAUUGCAAAUCAUCCUUUACUGGUGAGACGUAUUUACAGUGAUGAAGAUGUUUGUCGUUUUGCCAAAGUUUUGUAUCCAAAAGGCAUAUUUGGAUUUGAAUGUACAUUGGACAAAGUAAUAUGCGAGCUUAAGAGUUACAAUGAUUUUUCUAUUCAUCGGCUAUUACAUUGGCAUGGUGGCACUGAUGUAAAGGGUGUUCUUCCGGAUGAACAUGUUUUACUUUCAGCAAAAUGCCAGGCAUUAGCUGAUCUUCUUCCUUCACUAAAGAAAGAUGGGCAUCGCGUUCUAAUUUUCAGCCAGUGGACAUCAAUGCUUGAUAUUCUGGAAUGGACUUUGGAUGUCAUUGGAGUUACAUAUAGGCGGCUUGAUGGCAGUACUCAGGUUGCUGAAAGACAGACGAUAGUAGACACAUUCAACAAUGAUUCUUCUAUCUUUGCAUGUCUUCUAUCAACACGGGCUGGAGGCCAGGGUUUAAACUUGACUGGAGCUGAUACCGUGGUCAUACAUGACAUGGAUUUUAACCCACAGAUGGACCGACAGGCUGAAGAUCGCUGCCAUCGCAUUGGGCAAAAGAAACCUGUUACUAUAUACAGACUUGUGACAAAGGGUACGGUUGAUGAGAACGUUUAUGAGAUUGCUAAACGGAAGCUAGUUUUGGAUGCUGCAGUGCUCGAGUCUGGAAUGGAGUUGGAUAGUGAAACUGACAUGUCUGAGAAGACUAUGGGAGAGAUAUUAUCUGCACUUUUGAUGGGGUAGAUUACAUCAACAAAUUCUUUGAAGUCACGAGAUUGUCAAAAGAUGGAACACUAUUUUAUUCUCGUCAUCUUUGGGGUUUCAAGGUCAAGUGAAAGUAUUAACAUGUCAGUUCAAUGCAUUGAUCUCUGCAGAUCUUAAAGCCUAUGAGGGAAGACGAGGGUGAUCUUUCUUGUUGCAAAAAAAAAAAAAAAAAAUCAUAAUAGCCAUUCCUUCCAGUAAGGAGGGAUCUGAGGUGGUUUGACACCUCUUGAAAAUUAAGGAAAAUACGGCCCCUUGUUGGGGGUCUGGAAUGACGGAAUAGUUGGUAUCUGCCUGCAUGUCUCCAUCUCCUUUGUAACUUCUACUGUUGUAACAUCAAUUUAAAAAACAAAGCACUAAUAGGUUUUAGUUUUGCAGAUGAAAAUCGAGGGUAAGCACCCCUCUGAUUUUUUCUUAGUAUUUAAUUGGAAUUUUGUUACUAGUUUGCCCGUUUUUUGCAGGUGGGUGAAGUUGUACUUAAGAGUACAACUUGGGCCGGGUUAAGAGUUAGACAGGAUCUCACCGAAAAGUUGUGUUGAAUUGGGUUAGGGUUGAAACUUGAAAAUAUGAAGCUGAUCUGCUGAUGUAACUAUGAUUUAUGUUUGGACUGUAAGAAUUGAUGCGCUGAACAUUUUUUCUUUCUUUUUUCA